GCGGUAACAGUAGCAGUGUCUGCGAGCGUAUGAUAUGGUCAGCUUCCUCCCUUUGCGCUUUGUCGCUUUUCCGGGCGACCGUGGAUGGCGUAAGAGCGCAAUGAAAUCUGCCCGUCCUCAACCUCGGCAGAACCAUUCGCAAAACACAACUGUUCGAACAUGAGACGACAAACAACGCACGUAAAGUCCUUCAGUCCACGCUGAUGAUAGCCUGGCUCAGGCAACUGGCGAGCACUACAACUUCAAGUACAUUCCAUAGCCCGGGACCCCCCGGUGGGCAAACUCCGCUUCCGCAUUCCCAUCCCCCGUCUCAGCGUCAACCGGACCGUCAACCAUGGCACUACACCGGCUGUCCGUCCCCAGGCAAGCACAGUCUGGUUUCAGUCUCGCUGCCGCCCGUCAUCGAAACCUUGGUAGCAGGGGAGUUCCGCCUCCAUCUGGGCCGCCGCACCAGACUUCCGUGGUCUAAUCUGAGGAUUGCCUGCUGCUGGAUGUCACGGUUCCAAGGCCCUGUUCGAUGCGCAGACCGCGGGGAUACCGGCAAAACCGGUGCCCGUCCUGGUUUGGAUUCACGGAGGCGCCUACGUCGAGGGAUCCAAGGACGAGGUCAACCCGGCUAGCUUGAUCCACUAGAGCCGCGGGAACGGCGACCUAAGUGUCAUCGUUGUUGCCAUCAACUAUUGGUUACCGACAUUUCUUCCGCUUGUUGCUAGAUGUUAAUUGGAUGGAUGACAUUGCAGUGUUUUG